GCGUGUCCGUGUCUCGCUUCGCGCCCGCCGCGGGGGGGGGGGGUGGGGGCGGGAAACGGGGGCGGUGUCCGGUACCGGGGAGGGGGGGCCUCGCGUGCCCCGCCCCGCCGCCAUCCCAUUGGCCGUUGGCGUCACGUGCGAGCCCCUUCCCGAGGGCUGUGACCGGCACCGGAGAAAGUUACCGGCGGGACCGCGGCAGCAAGGCUCGGUGCCCCCGGGCCGGGCCCCGUGUCCCUCCCAGACCGGGUCCGGUGUCCGCCGUCCACCUGCCCGGCGGCAUCACCCGGCUAUAAAUACCCGUGGAGCAGCUGCUGCCCUUGGAGGGGGCUCGUGGGGGGCGGCUGCCUGCGAGCACCGGCGCUCCCGGGUCCGGGUCGCGUCCCUUCGCCCGUUUCCCUGCAGGUGGCUCCGGGCCGGGCCCAUGGCGGAGAAACCGGAGCCCCGGGACUCGGAGAGCAGCAGCCGGGAGCCGGCGGGCAGCGAGGGGCUGCCCGUGGAGACGGUGGGUCCGGAUCUGGAGCCGGAGGAGGAGGAGAAGGAGAAGGAGGAGGACGAUGAAGGCAGCCGGGACCCCGUCGCAGCCGUGACCGUCGAGGCCGCAGCCGCUUCCCCCGUUCAUGCAGAGCUGGGGCCGAGCGGGGACCCGGGGCCUGGGGGCCUGCCGGGGGAACACGGGACCCCGCAGGACCGGGAGGAGCACCAGGACCCCGGGGCCGAGCCCCCCGGGGACGGCUCCGCAGAGCCGGACGGUGACGAGCAGGAAGAGCCCGAUGCUGAGCCCGAGCUGGGGGCUGAGCCCCUCGCAGCAGAGCCACCAGUGGAAGAAGGGACCUGCACGAGCAGCGAUGAUGACGUGGAGGGGCUGCGGCGACGGCGGGGCCACAAGCCCUGUCCUGGGCCACCCCCUCCCGUGCCAGGCCUGCACCGGGGGGCUCCAGGCACUGAGGAUGAGGAUGGGCUCAGCAUGAGCAAGUACCUGCUGUGGGCUGUGGCACUGGUGGCCAUGGGGCUGCUGAUUGUGUCCGGUGGCAUCUACGACUCAGCAGAUGACCCUACGGAGCACGUGGUGAGCCGGGAUGUGGCAGCCGGGGAGCAGGAGCUGCUGCUGCCCAUCGACAGCAACGCCUCACAGAAGAAGCUGCCACCGUCGGGUGCCAGGGACCCACAGAGCCCGCAGUCCCUGAGCCUGCUCCUGGACAAGCUGGCCAAGGAGAACCAGGAGAUCCGGCUCAUGCAGGCAGAGCUGCAGGCCCACAAGGAAGAGCUGCAGGUCCUGCUGCACAAGAGCGAGGGCAAAGCGGCGGCAGCCGGGGCGCAGCAGCAGAGCCUGGCGGCGGAGAACGCGCGGCUCCGGGCGGCGCUGGACCGGGAAGCGGCCGCGCUGCAGGAGGCCCGGGCCGAGCUGCAGCGCCUGCGGGCGGCUGGGGCACCAGAGGCGGCGGCGGAGCAGCCCCCUGGUCCCGGUGGGGACGCGGCGCGGCGUGAGGGUGCGCGGUUGGCGUCGGUGCGGCGGGAGCUGGCGGGUGCCCUGGAGCGGGCACGAGGUGCUGGGGGACUGGAGGCGCUGGUGGUGGAGCUGAGAGCCCUGGAGCAGCGCUUGGGCCAGGAGCUGGAGGCGGGGGGGCCCUGGAAGAAGCCGUUUAAGGCAGAGAAGAAGGAGAGCAAGCGGCACAAGCAGCACGGUGCCGGGGAGCGCGAGAGGAGGGCGCACGGCAAACCCCAUGGGCACGGCAAGGAUGCCCGGUUCCCCCGGGAGCACAAGCCGGGCAAAGCCUGGGGGAAGCUGCCUCAUGGGCCUCCGUUCAGCCGGUACCGGGCACCCCAGGGCUGCGUUGGAGUGGCCGAAUGCGCCCGCAAGGAGGGCCGGGAGGUGCUGGGGGCUGCGCUGGAGCCGGUGCAGAAGACCCAGUUCCUGCGGCUGCUGGAGGGGUUCAUGGGGCGGCUGGGCUGGGGGCAGCACUUCGCGGGGGUGGCAGCUCGGCUGGACGGGGCUUUCGGGGCCGAUGGUGCCUUUGCCCACGACCGGCUGCGCUUCACCGAUUUCGUGGAUGAUGUGGAGGAGAUGCUGGAGGAGGUGGCGCGGCGGGAGCGGGGUAACAAGAAGGCGGCCGAUGGCUUCGAGGAGUUCGUGCUGCGGCACUACAGCGGCACCGGUGGGAAGGAGCGAGGCUGGAGACCCCCCGGCACCGCGGGGUAGAGCCGGGAUGGCCGCCCCACUGCAGCCUUGACCCAGAAGCCCCCAUGAAGGGCUCCCCACGGGCUUGUUUUAGGGGGCUGGGGGCUGCCAUCGUGCCCCACAGGGCCGGGUAGUGCUGGGUCCCCAACAAUACACACAGUGUGAUGCUGCUGCCACGCAAUAAAGUCACCGCUGGGCAGA